GCUCUUUCUAGUGUGAGGAAGAUUGGGAUUUUCCCGCCAAUUUUUCUCAGCUGUGACAGGAGCCAGGACUUGGGAACUGUGUGAGCGGGGAACGGGCGAGAGGCGCCCCGAGAAGGAACAGCAUUGAAUCUUUUUUUUUUUUUUUUGGUAAUUGUAAUAUAACAAUGGUUUCGCUCUGCCUGCGCGGUCCGAUCCGGAUACACUGUCUCAAUAUGGGAACAUCGAAGUGGAAAGAGGGCAGCUGUGAAGUCGUAGAGAAAGACAAUAAAUUAAGUUUGGUUGUAAACUUUAAUGCAGGAGGCGCACCGGCAAAAUUUCAGCUAAAUCACAACAUCAAAAAUGUUGUUCUGCGGCCUGUUGGGAUGAAGCAGAGUCGCCUGAUGCUAACCUUGAAAGAUGCCAGCUCUCUUACUAUAGAUAAAGUCCCAUGCAAAGAUGCAGAGGAAUUAAAGCGUUUCCUUGAUACUGUUGAUAAGACUCAAUCAGUGAAACCUGGACAAGGGUCUGGAAGCUUUGGUGGCAUUUUGGGGAAUAGAAGCGCCCACAAGGAGGUUAACAAGCCUCUGUCAAACAUCAAAAGCCAGACGCCUCCUAAGAGAGUAAACUUUGAUAAUAAUAAAGAUGAAACGCCUGUGAAAAAGACACCAACAGGUGUCGUAAGGACGCCGCUUAAAACCUCCCCAGGCAGCAUCACUCCAAGUCGAAUUAGCGCUUCCUCUGUAAUGUCUACUCCCCAAAGAGCUGGUCUUCUGGAAAAGAGGAGUGAAAAACGGAAACGAAUGCCGACUCCAAGCCCCGAAAUAGGCGAAGAUUACCCUAAAGAGAAUGAUUCAUCUACUACUAAUAAAGCAUUGACAGACCCAGCGCGCAAAUUUUUGAAUAGCAGCCGUGAGAAGCAGUUGAAUCUGAAGCAGACUGAGGAAGCCAGGCAAGGACCAAUGCCAUUGCAGUCCUCUUCCUUUUAUAGUAGCAGGUUAACACCAAAGGAGUCUGCAGGGAAUAUGAACACAGACAGGUCGUCUGUGUCGACUCAACCACCAUCUGCCAAGAGAAGUUUAAUCCUCCCAUCUCAACCCAGCCCUCUGUCUGUAAAAAAACUGAGGCCUAGUCAGGACUACACUGGAUGGAACAAGCCAAGAGUUCUCUCAACACAGCCACAACCGCAGCAGCUUCAGGGAUUUUCCAAUCUAGGUAAUACCUGCUAUAUGAAUGCGAUACUGCAGUCCCUGUUUUCCCUUCAACCAUUUGCCAAUGAUUUACUACGGCAAGGAAUUCCCUACAAGAAAAUCCCAUUAAAUGCAUUAAUAAGACGGUUUGCUCUCUUGCUCGCCAAGAAGGACGUUUGCAGCCCAGAGAUGAAGAAAGAAUUGCUUAAAAAAGUCAAGAAUGCCAUUUCAGCCACGGCAGAGAGAUUUUCCGGUUAUGUGCAGAAUGAUGCCCAUGAGUUCUUGAGCCAAUGCCUUGACCAGCUGAAGGAAGACAUGGGGAAGCUAAAUAAAACAUGGAAGACUGAACCAUCAUCAGAAGAUAUUUCAGGUGGAAAGCCAAGUGAUGAUAUCGCUGCUACCCGUAUAUACACCUGCCCAGUGGUCUGCAAUUUUGAGUUUGAGGUGCAGCAUUCAAUCACAUGCACAAUGUGCGGCGAAACGGUAACUAAAUGUGAGCAGUUUAAUGACCUUUCCAUUGAUCUUCCACGAAGAAAGAAAUUGUUGCCUUGCAGAUCCAUUCAGGAUUCCUUAGACCUCUUUUUCAGAAUGGAGGAUCUUGAAUAUUCUUGUGAAAAGUGUAAUGGAAAAUCCGCAACAGUGACACACAAAUUUAGCAGGCUACCCAGAAUUCUUAUCCUUCAUCUGAAACGAUACAGCUUCAAUGUAGUUCUGUCUCUGAAUAACAAAGUUGGCCAGCAAGUUAUCAUCCCAAGAUAUCUGACAUUGUCAUCACACUGCACAGAGAGCACGCACCCUCCUUUAUCACUAGGUUGGAACGUGCAAGCUGCGAUGAACUCCAGACCAUUAAAGACUUCACAAAUGGUAAAUUCUGGUGCAGUGAGCACCUCAACCCCUCUCAGGAAGCAAACAUUUAAAACUACUAAUGGCCUAACCAUUUGCCUGGAUUCGGAAAGUGAGGAUGAGCAAGUCAAGCGAUGCGUUUCUCAAAGCCAAAGGGUUUGUGACCUUCUGUCGGAAAGCCAGGACAAGAAAACUUCAGUGGACAGCAGUAGGAGUUCAGAGCUUCUUGAGACAUGCUUCGAUGGUCUGAACGAUGAGGAAUUGGUGGCUGCUGUCUUGGAAUUGAGCAAAAAAGAAACCUCUCUGUGUGAGAGUCCUGCGGAUGAUGGGAAGAUCACAAGCAGCCCAGAUACUGGUUUUGGGGGAGAUGAUGAUGUCCAAGAAACUGAUAACCCUGAGCCACUUGUGGAAGACAAAACAAAGGCUGUAAAAGACUCAGGUGUAGUUCAAUUCAGUGAAAUGUCUAAGGACUUUGAUGAGAAUAAGGAGAAUAAAACCCCAGAAGGCCCCCAAAAUGACAUUGACUGGCUUCAGUAUGAUCUGGAGAGGGAGCGAGAGGAACAGGAACUGCAGCAGGCACUGGCUCAGUCUCUUCAGGAGCAAGAAGCCUGGGAAUUAAAGGAAGAUGAUGAACUGAAAAGAGCUACUGAACUAAGCCUACAAGAGUUCAACAGCUCCAUUCUUGAUGGCAUGGUGUCUGAUGAGGAUUCUGGAAAUGAAGAUGUUCUCGAUAUGGAGUACACCGAGGCAGAAGCAGAGGAACUCAAGAAAAAUGCAGAGGCUGGAGAGCUUCCCCAUUCAUACCGCCUUAUCAGUGUGGUCAGCCACAUUGGGAGCUCCUCUUCGUCUGGCCAUUACAUCAGCGAUGUCUACGAUAUCAAGAAACAAGCUUGGUUUACGUACAACGACCUCACUGUAUCCAGAACACUCGAAACUACUGUGCAGAAUGACAGAGACAGAAGUGGCUACAUUUUCUUUUAUAUGCACAAAGAUAUAUUCGAUGACCUUGUAGAAGAGGAGAAGCGAUCACAGCUUUCAUCCGGCGACAGACCUUCCCGGCCGGCUCUGUGACAAGCACAUGCACUUGAAUCCCUUUUAUUUGCGUGGGUCGUUGAUUGUUGCCUUUUCGGCAGCAGAGUGUGAUCUAUUUCCAUCUGACUUCUGAGUCGUGGCUGGAACUAAUGGCACAGAGUGCCGGCCUCUCCUGAAAGUUGAUAACACUUCACUUUCUUAACCUUUUGCGUUUACCAAUGCAAUGUAUUUUCAACGGUUCCUUGUGACGUGUUCAGCUGAGGUUGCAUCUUCAUUUGGACAUUUAAUUAAAGCUGAGUGCUCUUCUUGGA